GGAUAGAUUAUUGCCUUCUUCGAUACACUAGACACCAUGGGUCUGAAAAGCUUCCUGCUAUCUGCUGCAUUUGUUGCAUCGUUGCAAGGGGUCCAUGGCUCUAUCUUUGCAGAGUCAACUCCCAAAGUGGCCGCUUACUUGAACGGUGGUGGUCAGGGUCUUGCAACCUUUUGCCAAAAUGCCAACGUUGAUAUCAUUCAACUAGCAUUUGUGGACCAACUUGAUACCGAGCCCCUGUCUACAUCUCUCUCAACUAUUCAAGGUUGGGAGAUUACACAAUGCCAGAAGCAAGGCAAAACAAUCCUCGUAUCCCUCGGAGGAGCGACCUACCAUCAAGCCGAUAAACAAGGUGGCUGGAGCACUCCCGAGCUAGCCUCACAAAUGGCCGACAAACUAUGGAACAAAUACGGUCCCGGUUCCAACGGCCAAGGCCCUUUCGGCACCGCAGUAAUCGACGGAUUCGACUUCGACUUCGAAGUCCCCAUGACCAAUCUUCCCGCUUUUACCAACCGCCUCAUCACUCUCAAAGACACACUGACCAAGCCCUUCUACCUGACCGCCGCACCUCAAUGCCAAUGGCCAGACAAGAAUCUCCAGACCGUGCUCGACUCCAACAUGGGCGCUUUCGAUGCCAUCUUCGUCCAAUUCUACAACAACCAGGAAUGUGGUAUUGGGGCCGGCUACCGGCGUCGCUCCCAGGGCCCAUCUGCGCGUCGCUCCGGGCUCCUUGGGAACUUCAACCUUGCUCAAUGGUUGACGUUGGCGUCGGAGAGCAAUACAAAGUCGAACAGUAAAUUCAAGGUGAAAACUGCCACUGCUGCUGGGUCAGGCGCCAAUUCAACUAAGCCGAAGAUCUUCGUCGGUGUUCCCGGUGGCACGGCGGGUACGGAGACUGCUAACAGUGGGUAUGUUGACGUGAAUACCUUGAAGCAGGCCAUACAGGCGGUGACUUCUACGGGGAGUGCCAACUUUGGUGGUGUUUCGAUUUGGAGUCUUCAGGUUGCUGUUAGCAAUGGAAAUUUCCUCGCGAAUGUUAAGAGUAUGUUGAAUAGUUGGAAGUCAUGAGUGUGAGACGCUUAGCUUUGAUCACGG